GGCCGGCUUAAAAGAGCCAUCCAGGAACCGGCGUGUUUGCGCUUAUAACCAAUUUAUUACCGCCGAACAUAUGGCCAGUAUUUCGCCUGGCGUCACACGCCGGGGAGGAAAGCAAACAGAGCGGGCGAUGUAAAGCCGGAGGAAGGAGCGGCCGCCCCGCACACGCCGGAGACAAUGCGAGAGGCGCGGAGCCGCCGCCGCCGCCGCGCUCAACCCCCGCCCGCUUAGCACGGCCCGGCCCAGGUUCAUGUGCGGGGACCAGCCUUAUAUGGACUGUUCGCUCCGGCAAUGGCUCGUUUCUUUCACGCGGCAAGCGCGGCUCCGGGCUGUGUCAGCCCCGUCCAGAAGUGAUCUCUUCGCCUGCUUUUUUUCUCCUUUUUUUCUGUAAUUCUCGGCUCGCCGUUCCCCUUCCCCUGGAGUUACAAACUGUUUCCGAAGCGGCUGCCGCCCCGCUCCCCGAGUCCCCCCCGGGCAGAAGGAGCCCGCGGAGAUCCGGGGCUCCGCCGGGGCUCCGUUCGUCCCUCGGCACGAAGCGCUCCGCUCCUUUUUCUCCACGUUUUUCCCCGCCGCCCGCGCCCUCCCCUCGCGCUGUCGCCGCUGUCGCUCCGGGUGACAGCUCGGCGAGCUGCUCCUCCAACUUUCCGGCCCCGAUUUCCCCGGACCAUGUCUCUGACCAACACAAAGACGGGUUUUUCCGUCAAGGACAUCCUGGACCUCCCCGACACCAACGACGAGGACGGCUCCGCCGCGGAAGGGGGAGAGGAGGAGAGCGAAGCGCCGGAGCCUCCCAAGAAAGCGGCGGUGUUGGGCCAAACCCCCUUGGACGCUGUUCAGACGCUGCCUUUGAAGCCCCCUUUCUAUGAUAAUAGCGAUAAUCCCUACACGCGCUGGCUGGCGAGCGCCGAGGGCAUCCAGUACUCCCUGCACGGACUGGCGGCCGGAGCAGGCGGCCCGGAGGCCGGCUCCAAGUCCCCGGAGCCGUCGGCCGACGAAUCGCCCGACAACGAGAAGGAGGCGGCGGGCGGAGGGGACGCGGGGAAGAAGAGGAAGAGGAGGGUGCUCUUCUCCAAGGCGCAGACCUACGAGCUGGAGCGGCGGUUCCGGCAGCAGCGGUACCUGUCGGCGCCGGAGAGGGAGCACCUGGCCAGCCUGAUCCGCCUGACGCCCACCCAGGUGAAGAUCUGGUUCCAGAACCACCGCUACAAGAUGAAGCGGGCCCGGGCCGAGAAAGGUAUGGAAGUGACUCCUCUCCCCUCCCCGCGGCGGGUGGCCGUGCCGGUCCUGGUGCGGGACGGCAAGCCCUGCCACACGCUCAAAGCUCAGGACUUGGCGGCCGCCACCUUCCAGACGGGCAUCCCCUUCUCCGCCUAUAGCGCCCAGUCCCUCCAGCAUAUGCAAUACAACGCCCAGUACAGCGCGGCCGGCAGCCCCCAGUACCCCACAGCGCACCACUUGGUACAGGCGCAGCAAUGGACUUGGUGAGCGCGGGGUGAGCGCACGCACACGGCCCUCGCGCGCACCCACACACGCAGAGAGGAGGAAAAAAUAACGAUAAAGAGACACGAAAA